AGUUGUCUGGACGAGGAAGAGGGUGUCGGCUGCUGUAUAUAAUGGCUGGUCCGUCCCUCUAUGACUCACUUUCUGCUUCUCCCUGUUUAUUUUUGCUGGUCUAGAUCUCUGUGCAAACCUACGGACAUCAUGUCUAAACUGCCGCAAGCCAUGACAAUGCUCAUCGAUGUUUUUUAUAAAUACUCUGGCAAGGAGGGAGACAAAUUCACACUUUCCAAGGGAGAGCUAAAAGAUCUGCUCAACACUGAGUUGGGAAAUCCAGCCAAGAGUGCCUCAAACCAGGCGCAAGUUGAAAAAAUUUUUAAGGACCUGGACGCUAAUGCUGAUGGUGUCGUGGACUUCCAAGAGUAUGUCACCCUGGUGGCCUGCAUUACCAUGGCCUGCAACGAAUUCUUUGAUAAGAAGAAAUAAAUGGAGACUGGACCUUACCAGCCCUAAUAGUGCUUAAACACACAGACCAAAUAUCUGUAUUUUGUAUUUGUUUAUUUGUUUGGUUGAUAUGUUUGG